CCAGGCUUUUGAAAAAGAGAUGGAAAGACUAAAAAAUGAACAAAAGAUUACAAACACAAGAUUAAAAACAAUACUACACAACCAAAACAAAUUCGGGAGAGAAAUUUCAAGAUUGGAAAGUUCCUUAAGAAGCUGGAAUAACGUUCCUCGUACCAUUUCUCAGCUACAACCUACACUACCCGGAUCAUCAGAAGAUGAAUGUGUGCACGGUGAAGUAUUACGGGAGAACAUGAAAAAGAUUGUUCAAGAAAUACGUUUGUCAGAUUCGUUAUUGAUUGAUGAAUUGUUGGAGCAAAAUUGUUUUACAGAAACAGACGCACAAGAAAUAAAUGAAAUGAAAUCCUGUAAUAAAACGAGGCAAAUGAUUUUACUGCUCAGUCGUAAAGAUAAAACUGUGUUCCGAAAAUUUAUUAAUAUCAUCUCACAAGUAGAAUAUUUUCCACAUAUUGCCACACUGUUAAAUGAUUCGUACCGGAAUAAACUACAAAAACCAGAAAAGAGAAGCAAAUGCAUUCCGUGCUUCAUUGUGAAGAAUGUCGAUAUCAUGCGGAUUGCUGAUUAUCUUUACCAAAGUCACGUCAUUGAUUUUAAAACUCUUCAAGAUGUUAUGACGGGGGAUAAACCAGCUUUGGACUCUUUCUGGCAACUAAUUUUUAACAAAAUGACAAAUCCAUCUCAUGGAAAAAUGUACAUGUCCAAUCUCAAGUUUGCUCUUCUUGAAAGUUACAAUCACAUCGCUAAAAAAAUCCAACGCCAAAGCCAGCUGAUUUGUUAUUGUUCAUCUAGUAUCCUCUCCUUUCCAAGUAAUUGCAGCGAUAAUACUUCCGAAUUUAGUACGACCUCAACAAUUGUACCACCACAACCGAGUCAUUAUGCUUCUUACUGGAUUAAACAGUUGCAGGAAUUGAACAAUGGAAGCCGAGAUGAUGCUUCUCAUUUCUACAGUGAUUCUGAUGAAGCUAUAAUCCCGAAACAAGUCUCAAACAAGAUUAGAAAACGAAAACGCGUGUCAGAGGAGGAAGAAGAGGAUAUGAAGAAAAAGAAUCAGAGAGAAGACGAAGAAAAUGAACGGGAGAAAAAAAUAGAUGAAAUAGAGAGCAAAGAUGAAAUGGAAGAAGAGCAAAUUGAAAGCGAGGAGGGAGAAGAGGACGUGGACACAGAAGAGGAGGAAGAGGCAGACGAGGAAGAAGGGGAAAAUGGUGUAGAAAAGGACAAAGAAGAAGAAGAGGAGGAGGAAGAAGAAAGAGAUUGUUGGGCGGUAGAGGAAGAAAGAGAUUGGUGGGUGGUAGAGGACGAAGAAUGUCAGGAAGAGGGAGAUGAGUCAGAGAAGGAAGAAUGGGAAGAAGAUGAGAAGGAAAGGGCAGAUGAAGUACAAGAGGGAGAGGAGGAAGAUAUGGAUGAAAUGGUGGAUAAUGUCGAAGAAGAGGAGGAGGAAGAAGAAAAGGGAGAGGAGGAUGAGGAGGAAGAAGGAGAGGAAAAAGUUGUGGAAGAGUGGUGAGACAGGGAGGAUAAUAAAGAAGUGGAGAAGGAUGAAGAUAAGUAGAAUGCAGUUGAAGAGGAGGACAUAGAGUCAAAGGAAGAAGAAGAAUUUAUAUAGGAUCUUCCACGAUUUACAGUUGGAUAUUAUUUUUAUCCAACAAAAUGUGUGUUUUUAUCCCUAAACAUUGGCUAGGGGAUAAAAACACGCAAGGAGUUGAAUACAAAUCAUAUAUACCUACUUAUAUGGGAAAUUCUUUUUAUCUAACGUUUUCACAUCACUAUCAAUGUUUACACAGUUUAGAUAUAGGAAUUCACUCCAUUUCACUUCAUCGAGAUAACACAAAACCCACUGUGAAACCACCACUGGGGAUAUUAUACAUUUAUUGCAUGAUAGUGAGGGGGAUAUGAAGAUUUCUUAUGUUCUCCUUCGUUUCACUCAUCCGAACAUAAAAUAUUUCUAUUCUAAGUAUCUUAGUGAAUAAACAACAGAACACAGAUAUAGAAUGUGAUAAGCGCCUAUCAACCAGUUCGACAACAAAUGCAUUGCAUGCAUUUAACUGUAAAAGAAAUGAUCGAAGUAAAGCUGUAAAAGCAAGUUUGUUUUUAAAUAUAUUUGAAACACACCAGUGAAAAGGAAAUCUAUAAUAAA